AGAUCAGAAAGACCUGCUGGGUUUAUAUUAUUAUAGGAUAACUGACAAAAAUAUUUUAUUAAUUUUAUCGAGCAGGUGCUGUAUAUUUAUAUAAGAAGGUCAAGUGUUUUUAGUUUCACUUCCACCCAUGUUGUAAGGAGGGUGUGUAACCAAACUGCAUCUCUGAAAUUGUUCCAAUUCCUAGAAACAAUAAUAUCUUGAAAACUCCACCUUCUUUUUACUCCUCUCAGACAAACCCACUCUCAUUCAAUCCUGCAGAUAUGAACGUUGACCAAAUUCUUUCAAGUGGAUGUGCAGAAGGAGAAACUAAAAUUAUUAUCUGUCUCUCAGAGGUGAAAUGGCGCAGCGAGGAGUUCAGCUGGACCAGGACAAACUCAGCUGUUCGAUCUGUCUGGAUCUACUGAAGGAUCCAGUGACUAUUCCCUGUGGACACAGCUACUGUAUGAGUUGUAUUAAAAGGUACUGGGAUCAGAGAGUCCACAGCUGUCCUCAGUGCAGACAGACGUUCAGACCGAGGCCUGUCCUGGUGAAAAACACCAUGUUGGCAGAUUUAGUGGAGGAACUGAAGAAGACUGGACUCCAAGCUGCUCCAGCUGAUCACUGCUACGCCGGACCUGGAGAUGUGGCCUGUGAUUUCUGCACUGGGAGAAAACUGAAAGCUCUGAAGUCCUGUCUGCAGUGUCUGGUCUCUUACUGUGAGCAGCACCUCCAGCCUCACUAUGAAUCUCCUGCCUCAGAGCUCAGAGAUAAACUACAGGACAUUCUUAAUGAGUUAUGGACCAGGAUCUCACUGACGGUGGCUGAAAUUGAUGUUUUACUGCCCACGACCAGAGCCGGAUUCUUACGAUAUUCACAACAGAUCACACUGGAUCCAAACACAGCAAACACAGUGGUGCUAUUAUCUAAAGGGAACAGAAGAGCAACAGUACUGGAAUCAAGAUUGUUUGGAACGCUGAAGUUUUAUGACAUUCACCCAGAAUCAUCCAGAUUCACUCAAUGGUUUCAGGUCCUGAGCAGAGAGAGUCUGACUGGACGUUGUUACUGGGAGGUGGAGUGGAGAGGAAGAGUUUCAGUAGCAGUCACAUACAAGGACAUCAGCAGGACAGGAUAUGAGAGUGGAUUUGGGAAUAAUGAUAAGUCUUGGUCAUUAGAGUGGUUCAGAGGCUGUUAUGAAUUCAGACAUAACAACAUCAGCACCUCCAUCUCAGGUCCUCAGUCCUCCAGACUGGGAGUGUACCUGGAUCACAGAGCAGGUAUUCUGUCCUUCUACAGCAUCUCUGAAACCUUGACUUUCCUCCACAGAGUCCAGACCACAUUCACUCAGCCUCUCUAUGCUGGACUUCAGUUUGAUUUUGGAUCAAUGGCUGAGUUCUGUGAGUUCAAGUAGACUGGAAUCAUUAAAAAGGCAGUGUGUGAGAUUCUCUUUGUUGUGGUAUUUUUG